AUGGAUGACCGGACAAUCAAGGCAGAGCCUGGCGUCCGCGAGGAUGUCUCCAUGACCAAUACGAAGCCUUCGUACAAGUCAUGGAAGAAGAAGUAUCGAAAGAUGCGCCUUCACUUCGACAUGCGAAUGCAACAGAGCGAGGAACUUCAUCGCCUAGAACAAAAGGCCAUGCGUACCAUGAAGCGUCUAGCUGUCGAAAAUGAUCGCUUGAUGGACUUGCUCUUGGACAUCAACGAGUCGCCCCAGAUCCCCCUCGAGCGUCGCAUCGAUUUGAGCCUCGACGAUGAAGAGGAUGAGGAUGUGGAGGCGAAGGACCCUGCACAGCAACCCACCAAGUCGCUGCGACAUCUGAUUGAAGAAGUCCGUCACAGAGACUUUGAAGCCACGGCUGAGCACUUGCCUGAAAUCCUGGAGCAGAUCCAACCGAAGGACCCCGAGCUGUACCCUACAUCAUUCCUUACUGCCGAAGAUGUCGACAAUUAUCUCGCCGAUAUUGACAUGCGAAUCGGUCUCAAGACCAAACCCACGAUUGCAAAACCAGAACAGACCACCCCCAAUACGUCGGCCGCCAACUUUGCUCUGCACAACCCUACUAGUGUCUACAACUGGCUUCGCAAACAUGCACCUAAGACGUUCCUCCAGGAUAUGGAGAAGGAUAAAGAGAAGGACAACGAUCACGGCGAGAAGGGCGAAGGCGGCGGGAGACGGAAGAUGGCCGGUACGCGCGGCACCAAGCGACAAUCCGCUGCAACCCGUAAGGAAGUGGCGGCGGCGGCGGCGGUGGCAGCGGCUGCUGAGCCCAUGGAGUGGGAUGAGGAAGCGGCUUUUGACGUGUCUGCUACGGGGACUGUCAGAGGCAAGAGGAAGAGAGACGACGAUGGCGGGUAUCGUCCAAAGGGCGGAGCUAGUCGGGCUGCGAAGAAGCGCAAGAGCGAGCCACGUGCUCGCAAGUCAACAUCUUAG